AUUUUUUAGUUGGCAACACUUGCGUGAAGGUAUUAUUUAUUUAUUGGUAAUACGUAAAAAUGGAGGAUUCGCAUAAAAAUUCUACUGAAGAUAAUCGGAGACCAGGAGUAUUGCAACCUCCCAUUAUAAUGAAGAUAGAUGGACCUGAAGAAUCUAACGAUAAAGAAACUGAAGAAAACGACAAGAACAUGCAAAAGUUAAAAGAUGGGGAAUUCAAAAUGUGUAGCCCGUCGUUAAAACCUUCGUUAUUAAGUUCAAAUCCUUUUGCAUCUUCUCAAAAUAAAGUAUCAAGAGGGAUUCUAAAACCACCACAAUUUAAUAUUAACAGUAAUAAUGUUACUCCUCCUAUAUUAAAACCCAGUUUGCUUAAUCCGUUUUCUAAAAACUCUAGUGUUAAGGUCAAUAAUAGUGAACAAAUUGAAAAUAGUGAUACGAAAGUAAAUGGAGAAAUGCUGAAGUUUGUGCCUUUGGUAGUACCUGACAAAACAAUACACAAUGAUUCAAAAACACAAUCCCUCGAUCCCAAAGUAUCAAGUAGUUCGUUUGUAUUUGGUGAAAACUUGAAAGAAAGAGUAAUUGCUGCAGAAAAUCAAGAACUAAAGGCAUCUACAAGUGUAGAGUCCAAUGGUACUUCUAAUAUGUUAUUUAGUAGUGCUAUUAAAACUGAAUUAAAAGUAGAUCGAGGAGAUUCUCUCACAAAAGAUAAAGACACAAAAUCCUUGAGCGAAUCUGCUAAAGAAUAUGAGGAAUCUAGAGCUGUUAAGAGGAAAUAUGAAGAAGUUGAAGUUAUAACCGGCGAGGAAAAUGAAACAAAUAUUUUAAAUAUUUCUUGCAAAUUAUUUUCCUUCAAUAAGGUUUCUAGUAAUUGGUUAGAACUGGGGAGGGGUACAUUAAGACUCAAUGAUUUAUGCGGGGAUUACAGCUUGGGUUAUUUGGGAAGUAGGUUGGUUUUCAGAACAUUCGGAAGUUUGAGAGUCGUUUUAAAUACAAAGAUUUGGCCAGAAAUGGUUGUAGAUAAGGCAAGCGAAAAAAGUAUUAGAAUAACUGCGGUGGAUGUAAAUGGAGAAAUUAAAGUUUUCUUAGUUAUGAGUAAUAUAGAAGAUACCAAUAAAUUAUACACGCAUCUGCAGAAUAGAUUGGAGAAGGAGAUUGCAGCACAAAAACGCAAAAAAAACGAUGAAGCUGCACCAGAAAAGAAUUAAUGUACAUACAAAAAAACAACAACAGAUUUUAAGAUUUAAAAAACCGAUUUUUACUGAUAAAUGUGAUUGAUACAUUGAAGAGAAAAAUUCUUUUCUAUACUUUUACACAAAUAUAUCUAUAAAUUAGUCUAUAUGGAAGUAAUAACCUCGUUAUGGGUGAAUCAGAAAGUAGAAUGUGUGUAUGAGUCUUUUAUUUAAUAUGAAUAAUAAUAAUUGAAAAAACAAAAUCAGAUUUAGAAUUCGGUGUUUUAUUUCUUUGAAUUAAAAAUUUCGAAAAAAUUACGACAAAUUUUCUUACUUAUAGAAAUGUAUAAUGAAUAUUAAAUAUCUUUUAAAUUUGAAA